CCCCAGCCCCCGCCCCCCACCCUGGCCGCGGGGGCGGCGCGCUCGGUCCACGCGUCCGGGGCCCCGCGGGGCCGGGCCCGGAGUCGGCAUGAAUCGCUGCUGGGCGCUCUUCCUGUCUCUCUGCUGCUACCUGCGUCUGGUCAGCGCCGAGGGAGACCCCAUUCCCGAGGAGCUCUACGAGAUGCUGAGUGACCACUCCAUCCGUUCCUUCGAUGACCUCCAGCGCCUGCUGCACGGAGACUCCGUAGAUGAAGACGGGGCUGAAUUGGACCUGAAUUUGACCCGGUCCCAUUCUGGAGGCGAGUUCGAGAGCUUAUCCCGUGGGAGAAGGAGCCUAGGUUCCCCAACAGUUGCAGCAGAGCUAGCCAUGAUGGCGGAGUGCAAGACGCGCACGGAGGUGUUUGAGAUCUCGCGGCGCCUCAUAGACCGCACGAACGCCAACUUCCUGGUGUGGCCGCCCUGCGUGGAGGUGCAGCGCUGCUCCGGCUGCUGCAACAACCGCAACGUGCAAUGCCGGCCCACACAGGUGCAGGACCGGAAGGUGCAGGUGAAAAAGAUUGAGAUUGUGCGGAAGAGGAAAAUCUUUAAGAAGGCCACAGUGACCUUGGUGGACCACCUGGAGUGCAGGUGUGAGACGGUGGUGGCGCGAGCGGUGACCGGAACCCCGGGGAGUUCCCAGGAGCAGCGAGCAGCUAGGACGCCCCAAACUCGGGUGACCAUUCGGACGGUGCGAGUCCGCCGGCCCCCCAAGGGGAAGCACCGGAAGUUCAAGCACACACAUGAAAAGACGGCGCGGAAGGAGACCCUCGGAGCCUAGGGGAAUCUGCAGGAGAGUGUGGGCAGGGUUAUUUAAUAUGGUAUUUGCUGUAUUGCCCCCAUGGGGUCCUUGGAGUGAUAAUAUUGUUCCCCUCGUCCGUCUGUCUCGAUGCCUGAUUCGGACGGCCAAUGGUGCUUCCCCCACCCCUCCACGCGUCUGUCCACCCUUCCACCAGUGGGUCUUCCCUCAGUGGCCUCCAGCGUCUUGCCAAGAAGCUCAAGAAGGAAACGAAGAACCUGGACUCCAUCGCCAUCUUCCUCUCCUGACCUGGCAAAAACGGGAUAGAAGUGCAAGAGAGACUGAUGGGGUCGCUGUUGGGAGAAAGGGGCUUCCUUCCUCAGUGCUGUGGACUGGCCUGAAACCCUGCACGUGGGCCUGAGGACCUCUUAGCAUGGCCCACCUGGUCCCCGGACCCCCAGCCAGCUCUGAUGGGAGCACCCCUAGGCCGGCCAGGGUACUCAUAAUCCUGUGGCUGAGACCACGUGGGGGAGCAUAGACUGGAGAAAACCCCCUCCUGCAGUGCCCAGGCCCGAUCGUCUCCCCUUGGUCACCUCUGCUCACAGUGACCUCCUUUCAUUUAAUAUGUUUGAAUUAUUGGAAGACGUGGACUCCUCUGGGCAGGUGUGGCCAGAGCACCAGGCAGUCAAGUGCCCUCUCAAACGGGUUAGAGAUGAAGUUUGCUCCGGAGGUGGAUGUAGGUGGUGACCCGGGCAUCCACUGCCUCCUCCCACGCCCCACCCCAGUUCACUGUUUCCUGUUUCAUCUCUCUACCUCCAUCCUGUGUCUCCUCCCUUAUCUGCUCCACCAAGGGGCUCUUGGACCCCUUACUGAGGCCCCAGAUAACCCCAGUCACUGCUCUGUAGGACAGAAAACCAGGGGCUAGAGGGCAGCAGGGGGCCUGCCCAUCGUAUCCCAGCCUAGCCAAGACUGCCAUGUAAGGUUGUACAGGGUGUGCACUGCACAAGGACACUGCAUGCGGGGAUUACAGUUCACACACACUAUAGACAUGGCCAAUUUGUGUAUUUAUUAUGACAGUUUUUUGGCAAAUGGAGGGAUGCUUUUCCUAAUUGACACGAAGGCUCCGUGUGGACUGGCUGUGUCUCUGACCCAGCCCACGACUUGGAGUGGUCAGACAGGAGUAAGCCCUUGGUGAGGGGCAGGGAGGCAGCAUUUGUCCAUGUGGCCUCCAUUUCCCCAAGUCCUCAGCUCAAGCAGUCUUCCCUUCAGGCAGGUGUGAAAAGCCCAAGAGAAUGCUCCAAGGGAGGGGGCAACCGUGCUCCAUGCCCCUGCUCACACCCCUUCUCUUAGAUCCUUUUGAGGUCCAAAUCUGGUGGCUCCUCCCAGGAAACCAGCUCUUGGGCUGGGAGUGGGGGAGUAAAGGGAAAAGAUCCCCAGGGCCCCCUAGGGGUGGGGUCUGACCUCCCACCUCCCUUUCCACCUUCUACUGCACUUUCCCUCUUCCCUGCUGUCUCCCAAAUCUGCUUCCUUCAGUUUGUAAAGUUGGUGAUUAUAUUUUUGGGGGCUUUCCUUUUAUUUUUUAAAUGUAAAAUUUAUUUAUAUUCCAUAUUUAAAGUUGUAAAAAAAAAAAUAACCACAAAACAAAACCAAAUGAAUCCGCCG